AUGGUCUUUCGGAGCUUCACCUCCCUAAUUGGCCUCCUGUCCCUCCUCUUUCUCCUCCUCCCCCCCGUCCCCGCCAUCCGCCUCGGCCUCGUCCGCCGUCCCAUGCCGGAGAUCCCGCUCUUCCGGGAGGCCCCCGCCUUCCGCAACGGCGAGGGCUGUGGCUCCUCCCCCGCCCACGUCAUCAACGUCGCCAUGACCCUCGACGCCAACUACCUCCGUGGCACCAUGGCCGCGGUUCUCUCCAUGAUCCAGCACUCAACCUGCCCGGAAAACCUCUCCUUUCACUUCCUCUCCGCGCACGACGACGCUCCCGAGCUCUUUUCCAGUAUCAGGUCCACGUUCCCUUAUCUCAACAUGAGGAUAUACCGCUUCGAUUGCAACCGGGUCCGCGGCAAGAUUUCCAAGUCCAUUCGCCAGGCCCUCGAUCAGCCCUUGAAUUACGCUAGAAUAUACCUCGCGGACACUAUUCCCGAGGACGUGAAACGUGUGAUAUAUUUAGACUCUGACCUGGUGGUUGUGGACGACAUAGCCAAGCUCUGGGGCGUGGACAUGGAAGGGAAGGUGGUGGCUGCGCCCGAAUAUUGCCAUGCAAACUUCACGUUGUAUUUCACGGACAACUUUUGGAACGACCCGGUUCUGUCGAAGACGUUCGAUGGAAGGAGGCCAUGUUAUUUCAACACGGGGGUGAUGGUGAUGGACGUGGACACAUGGAGGAAGGAGAGGUACACGGAGAAGGUGGAGGAAUGGAUGGCGGUACAGAAGCAGCAGAAGAGGAUAUACCAUUUGGGGUCUCUUCCGCCGUUUUUGUUGGUUCUGGCGGGGAAUAUUAAAGCGGUUGAUCAUAGAUGGAACCAGCAUGGUUUAGGUGGAGAUAACUUUGAAGGAAAAUGCAGGAGUUUGCACCCUGGUCCCAUCAGUUUGCUGCAUUGGAGUGGGAAGGGUAAACCCUGGUUGAGGUUGGAUUCUAGGAAGCCAUGCAUCGUGGACCAUCUAUGGGCUCCUUAUGAUCUAUAUCGCUCGUCUAGACACUUUUUUGAAGAAUAG